GCCAAAUGGGACGCUUACCAUCGCCAAAGUAGCUGGAGUAUUCGCCGUCUCGCCAGCUUCAUCAUCGACGUGGUGACUGAGGUGUGGUGAGUUGAGUUGAGUAGCGCCGAGCAUGGGCAGCCUGCUGCAGCCCAAGACUCUUUUUAGCAUCCUGACGGUCGUGGCGCUCGUGUGGAGCGUGCCCGAGACCGGCAGACUGAUCAGACACAUACGCGAGAGGGACAAGGGGCCGCCGCCACCGCGGCUGCCGGAUGAGGACGCCACGUAUCCGGAAUACGGAGAUCUGUGGUGGUGCUGCGGUGUGGCGGCGCUGCUCAUCGUCGUGAGGCUGGCCACCAUCUACUUGCUCAAGCCGCUCGGCGAAAAACUGAUACCAAAGGGGUGAGAUGAGAGUGACUGAGGGCGGAGAAAGAUCACUCCGGGAAAGAUGCUGCUACUCCCGUACCUGUGUGUCUGCUUAGGCGGUGGUCGGACCGUGUUCGUGAUAUGAAGGUCGAGCGGUUCGGCUCAGCUGCCUUCAAGACCACCUACUUCGUCUGCGUCGUGGCCUUCGGCUACCGAGCGGUUCGCCACACAGACUGGCUGCCGGCCUCUCUGGGCGGCAGCGGGGCCACCAUCCACUUCUGGAGCGCCGAUUACGUGCCAGCCGCUGUCAAGUGGUACUACGUGGUCAACAUGGGAUACUACCUUCACUCGUUUGUCUACGACAUGGCCAUGUCGCCGCGCCGCCCCGAUUUCGCCGAGAACACGCUGCACCACAUCGUGAUCCUGCUGCUGAUGGUGUUCUCCUUCCUCUACCGCUCGUGGGUGCGUGUGGGCAGCGCGGUGAUGCUCCUGCAUGACGCCUGCGACGUGCUCGUGUACCUCUGCCGCACUUUGGUCGACACACGGUUCACGCGCGUGACGUUUGGCUUCUUCCUGGCCCUGCUGGGGGCGUCGUUCUACCUGCGGCUGUAUGUGUUCAAGUGGCACGUGCUCGACAGCAUCAUCUACGAGAUGGCCGUCGAGAGGCGACAUGGCGACGGGGUGGCCUGGCUGGCCUACCUCCUCGCCACAUUAGGCCUGCUACACGUAUAUUGGUUGGUACUCACACACACACAGGCAGACUCCUUUGGUGCUCACUGUCUGUGCAUUCUCCCCCACUGUGUCCGUGCGUGUGUGUGUGUGGGCUCACCAGGUACACUCUGAUGGUCAAGAUGUUUUGCGUGUACGUGCAGUCGGGCGAGACCACCGACCUGCCCGCCAAGCUCACGGACGUGCAGCCCGUCUACAGUGAGGACGACCGCCCCCUGAUGCCCCCUCCCAGCGACAACAGCAGCCUGGCCUUCCACCUGUCCGCCAACACCACCACCAAGAGGCGAGAGGCACCACCGCACGACAACAGCAGCAGCAGCAGCCAGGGGUUCUCGCGGAUCAGCACGAACGAGGGCAGCAACGGCAAUGGCGUCGUAGCAGCUGGAGCGGGACCAGGGGGCAAUGACGACAAACACAUGUGACAGUGGGAUGGCGUAUCUGUGUGGGCGGGGUGGUGGGUGGGGUGGUGGGUGUAUAGGGGUACUUGGGUAGAAGUACGGUCUGUCAGACGCACAAGAGAGAGAGAGAGAGAGAGGAAAGGGGCGAGGGGGGCACAUAGAUACGCAACUAAAGUACCUCCGUCUGUCUGUAUCAGUAUGUCUCAAUGCGGCUGACUGUUUUGCUGUGUGUUCGUUUCUGUCCCUGCUGCUGCUGCUGUUUCUGCGGUGUGUGAUGUGGUAUGGUGUAUGUGUGAUGAGACAGACAGACGGACGGGCUGCUUCUCCGUUUUGCUGAUGGACUGAUGGAGAGCGCACGUGUGUGUAAAUAAACCUAUGCCGCCAAGUCUCUU